UUGGUGAUGGUGCUACCAGAACAGGUGAAUGUGUGGUCCGUCCUAUUCUCUAUGUGAAAAUCUUCAUGUCUUAUCUAAACAGUACACUAAGAGGAUGCUGCGACGUCACCAGGUGCGUUUGCUGACGUGAUAGACAUUGUACUAUGGAGAUGUCAUAACAUAGAGUGAAGAGAGAAUUAUGUUUAGACAAAACUCGAUUAUGGAAAUCAAACACAAUAUCGUUCAAUAGGUUACUUAUAUAAAUAUUCAUUGAGUGGUCCAGGAGAAAUUAAAUGCGAUCCUAAAAUGUUGAUCCAUAGUCUUCUGGUUAUUGUUGUCCUAAGUUUAGCUGUGCACUACUGCGAGUGCCAGUCAGCGUUGGUUACAACAAGCUACUGUGUCACGAAUGUAACUUCAUUCUCCAAGUGUCCACCAACUUAUUGUUAUGUACCGUAUGGAUCAACUUUACAGAGCCAGUGCUGCUUGGGAAUAUACAAGACAGCAACUGGUAGCUUCUAUCAACAAUGCCAUUGCCAGAAUUCCUGCACAUUACCAAGCCAGACAACAAUAACUACCACCACACCCAGACCAUCUUCCUUCAACUGCUGUACCACCAUCAAAUUGCCCAAAACAUGUGCAAGCCCCGAUGUUUGCUUCAAUAGUGCCACACGGAACUCAUGCUGUCUGGACAUUGAGAGAGUUGCUUUGGAUGGUGGUGGCACAAGCCUAGCUAUUACAUGCAAGUGUAACACAGACAUCAACUGCUAAAACUGAGGGAGAACAUUAAAUCAUGUGCAUAGAUCCUUUAGAGUUAUUAUCCUUACAUUUCUUGUCUUUUAUGUAUGUAAUAAAGAAUUUAAUGAAAUUACAUUAUUGUUUUUAGCGGUCCCCGUUAGGCGAAAAGCCUUGAUUAGGUCUGUGCAAAAUGUCCAUCUGUCAGAAAGAGAGAGAUAGAGAGUAACAUCAUUUUUACAAGGAAAUGGAUUUUAAAAGAUAAAAAAGAUACCAAGGAGAUGUCAUUGUUAUUUCUAGUUUCUCUCCGUGCUUUCAAAAUUGCCUAAAGAUUUAUUUUACAUUAAUUUCAAUAAAUUUAAUAAGAAAUACAA